UCUCCAUGCUGUUUCCUGCUCUUACCGUUUCAUUUUGACAUUAGCUGACAAGAGAAGCUAACAGCAGGGAGAAGUUUUCUGCUGCAGUUUAUUAAAGUCAAGGCAUGACAAUGUGUUGAGUCGCGGGAAACCAAGUCAAAUAGCAGACCGCGGAUUCUGUCGACGUCACAGCGGGGCUGCAGCAGGUGGAAGCAGCCGCCGCCGCGGAGAUGCCCAACUUGAACUGGAAGCCGUUUAUCUACGGAGGGAUGGCCUCGAUUGUCGCAGAAUUCGGCACUUUCCCCAUUGACCUGACUAAGACCCGGCUGCAGGUCCAGGGUCAGUCCCAGUACACCGAGGUGCGCUACAGGGGCAUGUUUCACGCCCUCUUCAGGAUCGGCAAGGAGGAGGGCAUCCGGGCGCUCUACUCUGGGAUUUCCCCCGCUCUGUUGAGACAAGCUUCUUACGGAACAAUCAAGAUAGGGACGUACAACUCUCUGAAGAGGCUGUUUGUCAGUCACCCAGAAGAUGAGACGAUGGUCAUCAACGUCUUCUGUGGCGUCGUGUCCGGAGUCCUGUCUUCCUCGCUGGCCAACCCCACCGACGUCCUCAAGAUCAGGAUGCAGGCUCAGGGCAGCCUCCUCCAAGGCAGCAUGAUGUCCAACUUCAUCAACAUCUACCAGACAGAAGGCACCAGGGGGCUGUGGAGGGGCGUCAUCCCCACCGCACAGCGAGCAGCCAUCGUCGUCGGGGUGGAGCUUCCCGUCUACGACAUAACGAAGAAGCACCUCCUUCGCUCGGGCCUCAUGGGAGACACCAUUCUGACACAUUUCAUUUCUAGCUUUACGUGCGGCUUGGCGGGAGCGCUGGCCUCCAACCCCGUCGACGUGGUCCGGACCCGGAUGAUGAACCAGCGGGUUUUGUCUGGGAGCCCCAUGUACAAAGGAACACUGGACGGAGUGAUGCAGACGUGGAAGAACGAGGGCUUCUUUGCUCUCUAUAAGGGAUUUUGGCCCAACUGGCUUCGACUGGGGCCCUGGAACAUCAUCUUCUUCAUCACCUUCGAGCAGCUGAAGAAGCUGCCGUUUUAACGGCAGCAGGACGUGGGACUGCAGCGGUCUGCUGGACGGUCACAGAUAAGUGGGGGAGUGAACACGGCAGCACCACAAUAUUCACACUCCCUUUAAACCGACACCGCUGGUACGACGCCGUGCCAGUCACUUGCCCCGCCCGCCGCUCAUCCUGAUCUGAUUGGGUUUUUAAGCGUUAUAUUUAUCGUCACUGAUUGCUUUUUUUUUUCUUUUCUUUUUUUUAAAUGCAGUUUCGAGGACGGUUGAUUUUUGUCGCCCUCGCUCACCUUCAUCACUCCGCAGGCAGCUAAACGUGUGUUUGUAGCAGAAAGCGUGGAAGAUUAGAUUUAUUUCACCGCGGAUUCUUCUUAACGUCGUCUUUUCUUGAAAAAAAAAAAAAAGAAAAAUGUAUUUAGUAAGUCCUGCAGAAUGCCAGUUCAGACCUGCAUGGCUGCACAGUUUGUGGCAGAAGAAGAAGAAUUGAAUUUAAAAAGGCGUAGAUGCUGCAUGAAAGCUCAGCUCAUAAUGUAAAUGUUGAAUGUUGGGAAGCUGCAUGAGAGAGCGCCAACAAAAGACUGUUACAACUAGUGACUGUACAGAGCGAGAGAAGGAAAACUGAAUGACGAAGAAACGAGCCACGAGUCUAAAAACGUGUCUGAAGUUAACAACGAAAGAGUGUCGAUUAGAAAAACUCCCAACAUUUGAGCAUCUGAACGAAUCCAAAGCUGAAGAAAGUUUAUUUUUCUGUUAUUUAUUUCUCCAUUUCUGGCGACAUAUUGGAGCGACGACCAUCUGCCAUCUGGAAAAAUCUGAACCAAAGCCUCUGAUAACAAAAGGGAGACGCAUUUUCAUUAUUUUAUUUUAUUUUUUUUAUAUUUAUUUUUGCCAUAGAGACAGUUCUUCUCGGCUCGGUUCGCCUCCAGCGUUAGGACGUCGCAGGUCGUGAGCAGAGUUUGCUGCCGUAAAGUCGAUGGUGACCCAGGAGGAAGCGCUCCGGUACAUAAUGUAAAUGUGUGUACAGACUCAUCCGCACUCACAGGUGGAUGUAUUUUAUCUUCGGCAUGUUCAGGUGUACAUACGAUGUCUGUUUUGCGCUGCUUUUCCUGUUGUGUUCUCCGUUGUGCCAUAAUGUGUCUCCACCAAUUUAUUUGAAGGUUUUCUUUGUUUUGUUUUUUUUUUGGGGGGGUGUUUGUAAAGAAGUCACUGUAGCUGGGAUGGAUCUGUUGACGGCAGCUUACGUGACGUUUGUAAAUCACAUCCUUUAAACUCCACCCGUGUACACAGACCAAACGCUCUUAAUAAAUAACUCGUGUUUGUAA